AGUGGACGACCUGCGGAUCCGAAUGCUGUACCGCGGCAUGGUCGUCGCCCCACUGUUGGUGGAGGUGGAGUCCCAGCACGCCCCUCGAUUGGGCGUGGCGAACAGCGCCUGAAAGGAAGACGGUCCCGAUCUCCUUCCCAGGAGGUCCUGGAGGCCACGACGGCGACGGCCCACGAUUUUUAUACCACGUCUCCGGUUGAGAGUGAUCGUGAAGAUGAAGCACACGACUCGUCCGCGUCCAUCGCCGGUGCAGAGUCAGUGGAUGGACCGUACGAUUUUUACGAUGUUGGUGAUAAGCAGGGGCAUCGCUCGCGAUCACUAAGUCCGGCACCUGUUUCGGUAGGUGGUGCCUCGACCGCUGUCGGCAGCCAGGCGGUGUCAUACGUCACCUCGACCGUAGGCAGUUGGCCCUACGUCGGAGGGAGCAGUAGUAAUCCAGGAACAACGAGCGCCUCCUAUCCUGAGUAAAAACGUACCCACGACACCAGAGUUGUAAUGCAGAUUUGCAAAGACAGGAAGACUAGUAAUGCGCAUCCCCAUGAGAGCCAUUUCCAAUCGUGUUUUGGAAUUUGUGAUGCUGUGAACAGGAUGAGCAGAUGAAUCUGUGAUGCGGCUGCACUUGCUAGCCUGCACUUGUCAUGCGUGACUCACAAAGCUCCUAGGUUUGUGCUGCAAAAUCCCCAUCCUGACUCUGGUGUGGGUACGUUUUUACUCCGGACACCUCCUUAUGAAUGCGUCAACGAUUUCGACUUCGACUCGGGAAGAGUUUUGCCUUUACACGGAACAGAGCGGCCACAGCUGCUGCAUAAUUGUAGUGCUGGAUGCUGAUGUAGAAGAACUACGAAUAGUGCACGAUGUUUGUACAAAUUCAAUACAUAAACGUUGCACGAAGCUUCCUGCACAAGAAAUAUAUCAGUCACGUCACAUUUGCCAUUUUCCUAGUUCAGGUGGACGCUUCAACUCUUUGUAAGUAUGUACUAUGGAGUUCUUGUGUCUCUUCUCUUGAGGUCCAGGAGGACAACUCGCGAUUUGCAGUUUCAUGCAAGGAAGAUGAAUAUUUGUGCAACGACUCUAUCUGAGCUGCUCCGUCCUGUUGUAAAAAAAACUCUUCGCGGGCACAACUUUUUGCGAUCAUACUCAAUGAUGGGAAGUCCCGAACUUGGAAGGAUCAGUUAUCCAAAGAAAAAAACCCAUCCACAUCCAAUUUGUCAUGCAAAAAACGUAUAAAAUCAUGUGUUUGUCAUGCAAAAAAUGGAUGUGGAUGGGUUUUUUUCUGUGGAUAUCAGUUACUCUAAUCCUCCAAGCGCGAAGGCCAGUCCCGAACUUAUGGAAGCGUCAGGUUUGAAAUCGUCAAAGUUGAUAUAAUUUGUAAUGCAUAAAGUGCGACACAAAAAGCGACUCUAUUGCAGAGGACCCACGGGAGGCAGAUUAUACAUAGUCCUGGUAAGGGUCAAAAGUUGGAUUGCUAACUAGCAUGACAGAAGGCAGCUCUUUUGCCCUCAACCGCACGACAGACUCGCUUCCAGGAACGGGAAAGUUUGUCAUGCGCCGACUACAAACUGUAGGUCUAAACGGUAUCCGUUUUAUGCAUGACAAACUAUUUCAACUUUGACGAUUUCAAACCUGACACAUCCAUAGAACUCGGAAGGAACAUCACAACGACCUCGGGAAGUAGACCUGAACCCUAUGGAAGCGUCAGGAUUGAAAUCGUCAAAGUUGAAAUAGUUUGUGAUGCAUAAAAUGCAACCCACAAAGUGCCUGUCUUGCAGAGUAGGCAAGGGAGGCAGAUUGUAAGCCUGUCGAGGGGUAGGAUCACUGCUGCUAAAGUAGCACGACAAAAGGCGUCUUCCUUACCUAAACAGCAUGACAAACUGGAUCUCGGCUCUACUCAAAUUUGUCAUGCGCCGCUUAGAAAUUGGGCUUCCAACUGGUAUCGAUUUUAUGCAUUACAAGUUAUUUCAACUUUGUCGAUUUCAACUCUGACACAUCCAUAAAGCAGAGCAGAUUCUGGACAUCUCCGAAGCAGAGUCAGAGGCGGAAGAUGGUGAUAAGCAGGGGCGCUUGCGAUCCCUAAGUCCGGCAGCUGCCUCGACCGUUGCCGGGAGCAUGGCGGUGUCCCACGUCACCGGCGCUUCCUCGUCUGCAGCCACCGCUACAGGCACCUUCUUAUGAAUGCGUCAACGACCUCGACUCGGGAAGAGUUUUGCCUUUACACGGAACAGAGCGGCCACAGCUGUUGCCAUUGUAGUGCUCGAUGCUAAUGUAGAAGAACUACGAAUACACGAUGUUUUUGUUUGUAGUUGUACAAAUUCAAUACACGACAAACGUUGCGCAAAGCUUCCUGCACAAGAAAUAAAUCAGCCACGUCACAUUAGCCAUUUUCCUAGUCCAGGUAGACGCCCCAACGUUUUGUAUGUACUAUGGAGUAGUUUUAGGUGUCUCUUCUCUUGAGGUCCAGGACGACAACUCGCGACUUGCAGUUUCAACAUGCGAGGAAUUAUAUUUGUGCAACGACUCUAGUAACUCUAUCUGAGCUGCUCCGACUCCGUCCUGUUGUAAAAAAAAAACUCUUCGCGGGCACUUUUUGCGAUCAUACUCAAUGACGGGAAGUCCCGAUCUCGGAAUAUCCUGAGUAAAAACGUACCCACACCAGAGUCAGGAUGAGGAUUUUGCAACACAAACCUAGGAGUUUUGUGAGUCACGCAUGACAAGUUGCACUACUACUGCACCCUAGAUCUCCUGCGGCCGUAGCUGCUUGCGGCGACGGUGCAAAGGUUUUCGAUGUGGCGCAGUCGGGUAUGCAUGACAAGUUGCACUAUGCAGUGUAGUGCAGGUUAGCAAGUGCAGCCGCAUCACAGAUUCGUCUGCUCAUCCUGUUCACAGCAUCACAAAUUCCAAAACACGAUUGGAAUGGCUCUGAUGGGGAUGCGCAUUACAAGUCUUCCUGUCUUUGCAAAUCUGCAUUACAACUCUGGCGUGGGUACGUUUUUACUCAGGAUACGGAAGGAUCAGUUACUCUAAUCCUCAAAGCGCGGUGGGCAGUCCCGACCUCGGAAGGAACACAACGACCUCGGGAAGCAGACCUGAUGAACCCAUGCCUGCUCUUCGUCUGCAUGCAGCAGCCUCGGGAAGCAGACCUGAACCCAUGCUGCGACCUCGGGAAGCAGACCUGAACCCAGUGCCUAUUCACGGGGCGCAGCAGCAGCAGCAGCAGCCUAAUCUGCAGGCAGGGCAGACAGGUAAUAUCGUGCAGCAGCACCCGCCAGUUCUAGUAGCGCCGCCGGGAAGUAGUAGUGCUGGUUCCGGUUCAAUUCCAAUUCUUGUGCCCAUCCGA